AUAGAAUACUAUGUUAGUGUUAUUGUGUACUUAAAUUUAUCCCACUCGUCUCAAAAAGGCUUACAAGGCUCGGCAAGCCUCGCCAUGUAAACCUUUCUUCACUCGUGGGAUAAACUUAAGUACACAAUCACACUAACAUAGUAUAAUCUAUAUCUGUCAUGUCCGUCAUUCAACUAAACUCGAAACAUACACAAAUAACUAACGGACUUUACAUAAUACGUAAUUAUUUAUCAUACAAUUUUCAACAAUGUCAUCACAUCUCCACAAAAAGUACGUGAUUGAUAUAAUAAAAUACUUUUUUGCGUAUUUUGUGGUUUAAUAUCGAACAUUAAUUUCUUACAAAAGUGAAAUAAUCUGCAUUAAAACCCGUUAUUCUGUGAAAACGGGAACUUCAUUAUUUACAAAUGCUUUAUCGUCAAUUAACACCAAGGCGUUCCGAAUGAGGAUGUCGUUUGUACGCCGAUGCGUUCCGAAUGAGGAUGUCGUUUGUACGCCGAGGCGUUCCGAAUGAUUGAUGUCGUCUGCUCGUUCAGGUGUUCACGAUGCCGGAGUACCUAAAAUUGCGAUUCGGCGGGAACCGGAUACAGAUCUAUCUGGCCGUGUCGGCUCUUCUAAUCUACAUCUUUACCAAGAUCUCAGCAUAUUUAUACGCAGGGGCCAUUUUCAUCGAGCAGUCUCUCAACUGGAACAUCUACCUCGCCAUUCUAGUACUUCUUGCCGUCGCUGCAGUAUUCACAAUAGCGGCGUUCAUAGAGGUGGGCGGUAUUGCCGGGAUAAAAGCGAAGUACCCGGAUGCUGUCUCCAACCACACGCGCUACAGCGAGGCGAACAGCACGUGCGGGCGGCCACGUGGGGACUACAUGCACCUCUUCCGGGACCCUGUUACGGGAGACAUACCCUGGCCGGGCCUGGUGGGUAUCACAAUCAACUCAGUAUGGUACUGGUGUUCGGACCAGAAAUGGACCAGGGAGCCUCCGUUACAUGUGCAGCCUUGGGCCCCAAAACAGCUUAAUCCGGCCCUGCAAAUAUUGAAGGACUUUUUCAGACUUCAUAGCGAAUGUUCAGGUAAAAGUGCAACGCGCCUAGGCGGGAAAGACGUACGACCACGCGAAAGCGGGUACGAUCCUAUGCGCAUUCAUCAGGAUACUUCCGCUUUUUAUGCUUGUACUUCCGGGCAUGAUUGCGCACAUUCUGUUUCCAGGCAAGUGUCGUAUUAA